AUGCCGCUCUACGAACCAAACGUGCCAGUCAAGAAAGCAACCUUUGCACUAUCAUGAUUCUGGUUCCCCGAGGCGCAGUACGGCUGCGCCCCGGGGGUGGUUCGCACCCGCGUCGGGUACACUGGUGGAACUACGAAGGACCCAACCUACCGAAGCCUUGGUGACCAUACAGAGACUGUUCAACUGGAAUAUGACCCUACCAAGACAGAUUACAAGACUCUUCUGAACAUGUUUUGGGGAUUUCAUGAUCCAACUGCCUGCCACAAGCGACAGUACAUGUCUGCUAUUUUUUACCAUGACAAGGAACAGAAAGCUGCUGCUGAGGAGAGCUUGAAGCAAUACCAGAACAAGUUAGGCAAGCAAGUUGCUACGAAGAUCUUGGCUGCUGGAACAUUUUAUGAUGCUGAAGAUUACCACCAGAAGUACCUGCUUCGACGCAAUGCAGCUCUUUGUGAAAGUCUGAAGAAGGCAGGUCUGAAGAAUUUCAAGGAGAGUCACGUUGCAGCCCGGUUAAAUGGCUACUGCUGUGGUGGUGGCAGUCUAGCUAAUUUUGAAGCUGAGCAUCAAAAGCUAGGGCUCACAGACGUGCAGGCUGUACUGGUUCGGCAGUGCAUGAAGUCGUAGUCUCGGACUGCUUCACAAUUAACAUAUGCUACAAAAUUGCAUUACCCCAACACCUAUUCUGCCCUAUUGCUUAUCAGGAUUGUAAUGCAGACAGUGCACAUAUGACAUUCAUCGAGGCAAGACAUCUGUCUCUCGUUGAGUUGAUGUUUGAUGUUGGCUGCAGUACGCUGUGGGCAUUGUGGCAAGAUUUGCAAUAAAGGUGUUCCCUACUUA